AUGGCCCACGAUGCGCUCUCACACAAGAUCCUCGUCCCUCCACUCAACUUUGCCAUGAUACUCAAAGGUUCGUGCUCACACCACCGCACCGCACUCCUCGGAGCGCUCGGCGUCUCGAGUCCGCUGAUGUGGGCGACUCCGCGCGCACAGGUGUGUAUCGCUCGGGCCAUCCGAAUCUCAAGAAUUUUGCCUUCAUGGAGACGCUCAAGUUACGUUCCAUCAUGUGAGCCAGGUUCACUCUUUGAACGAGUGAAUCCCGUGACGGACUCGGUCGCGUAAUUGGAGCCCCACUUACACCCUCUCCCUUCCUCCCUCGUUGGCAAUCGAAAGGUACCUCAGUGAAGACGACUACCGACCCGAUACCCUUCAUUGGGCCGAGAGGAACGGGUUAAACAUCUUCCAUCAUCGUAUCGAGGCGAGUAAAGAACCGUUCGUCGAACCGGACCAGGACAAGAUCGUCGAAGCAUUGGAACAAAUUUUAGGUAAGGCAGGCGAGCAGGCGGGGGUCCUUUGAUGGGGUGUGAAUGCUGAUGAUGACCGCCUUGAAAUCGGAAACAGAUUCUCGGAACCUUCCCAGUGAGCUAGCUACCCAGCACCCUUUUCCAAACUUGGAAACCCGGAGAACUCAUUCCUCCCGUCGACCCUAACCCCCCCCCCCCCCCCUGCAGUCCUGAUCCACGACAACAAAGGUCGUCUACUCCCUUCCAUACUCGGAGCACUGCUCCGCCUCUUACAACACUGGUCCUUUACCGCGACUUUGGCCGAAUAUCGCAUGUUCUUACCCGACGAAAAGGUGUGGGCCGAGGGACAGGUCGGCAAACCGGAAAAGGGGAGAGAGAGGGUGGCUGAUUUGGAGGUGAGUUGUAGGAGUGCGGUGCGCCUUUUUUUUCGUUUUGGUUGGAGAUGAAACUGAUGGGAGGUGUGUGUGUUGUGUUGUGUUGUGCGUGUGAUGACGACGCAGUUCAUCGACCGGUUCCCGCUGGAGAGGGUCAAGUAUGAUCCGAGGUAUGGACCUGAAUGGUUGAUCAACUGA